UCCUGCAAGAAAACAAGGGCUAAGCCCGUGGUCCGUGGACACGAUCAUCGACGUUCAUCAUCGACGCAGUUGCGGGUUCAGCUGGCGGAGAAUCCGACCAAGGCGAACCCGAUCGGUGCGCGGCUGAAGGCGACCUUUAAUCGGAUGAUUCAGCGUUGCGUGUAAGAUGGACAUCGCCGACAGGCCGGAUAUGGAUGGACGUGGUGGAGUCUUCGAUUAUGAAGAGCCUCCCCUUCCGCGACACGGUGCUGCGUUGCUUGUAUCUGGGCGUUCCACAACAUGUGUCCGUCAACAUGUGCCAGUGUCGGAUCUCCCUGGAAGACCCCUUGGCCGUCGCCAAACUGCUCGAUAAUCUGUCUAAUUGUGGCAAACACACGGACCUGAUGGCGUACUACAUCUGGCUGGGACUGGCCAACGGGAAAUCACCGGCAGGAUAUUUAUGUGCAGUCUUGUGAGCAAUUAAUCUUUGACUUGUAACAGAACAAUACUGUAAGGGUGAGACGACUGGAAUUACCAUGGGAAUGGUCAUGCUCGGUUCAAAGCAAAAAAAUUGUCGGGUCGCGUAAGCCCAUUAGACCCAGCACGAGAAGAUUCUGCGUUGGUUGGCUGUCGGAAUUCUGCUGACCAUCAACACUAAACCCUGGUCAUCACUAACAAGCACAAGGACAUGAUGGUCAAGUACGGCGCUAUCCUUGCCCACGGCAUGACCGUCAGCCUCCAAUACCGUACCGUACCAACUGCAAGACAGGUCAGAAUACUCGGUUUCACCCAAUACUGGUACAGGUUCCCUCUGGGUCAGUGUUUCUUUCUGGUAUUCUGGAACGAUCUCUGAACCGCCGCCCACGCAUCUCAGUUACCUUGUACCACUCGAGGAGAAGAAACGCAAAGUAAAAAAAACCUCCGUCAAGGACAAGAACCCAGCUUCGACAUUAUGCACAGCCUGGCCUGCGUGAUGUGCGCCCAGCUGAAGGUGAAUUGCAUUGCCGAGGGAAUGCCGUUUACGUCACCUUCGGCGGGAUCGUGAUAAUGCACAACUCGGCAACUGGCGAGCAGGUGCAGAUCGAGCGCGUUACGGAGUACGGGCUGAAGAGUUACAGUA